AUGGGGAACGGCGAGAACGAUACGCCGUUCGAGAGGACUGAAAACAAAGCGGAACACAACGUGGAAAAGGACAUGAACAAAAUCAACUCGUUGAAAUCGGAAAGGGGAGGCGAAGGAAACGUAGCGCAGGACUCUAAAGAAGAUACGGGUGUCGACAGGGUCAAAUUCGAGGGUCUGGACGAUGCGGACAGCAUUUGUUCAGAUAUGUCCUACGAAAACAAACCGCCGGCAAUACCGGACGGCGGCUGGGGGUGGGUGGUGGUGGUCGCCGCGUUCCUCGUCUCCGCGUGCGCCGACGGCUUGGCCUUCUCCUUCGGGCUGCUCCACGAGGAGUUCACGGCCUACUUCGAGACCACACAGUCGAAGACAUCCCUGAUAGGGAGCCUGUUCAUUGCCACACCGCUGCUCGCCGGGCCGAUCAUGAGCGCUUUAGUGGACAGGUACGGCUGCAGAGCAAUGACCAUGAUCGCCGGUCUACUGUCGACCGUCGGCUUCCUGCUGGCCUCUGUCAGCAACUCCGUGGAGAUGCUGUGUCUGACGUUCGGCUUUCUUAGCGGCCUUGCCAUGGGGAUAUUGUACGUGACCGCCGUAGUGUCGGUCGCGUUCUGGUUCGACAAGAAGCGCAACCUGGCCGUAUCGUUAGCCUCCUGCGGUAUCGGGUUCGGCACCUUGGUCUAUUCCCCGCUGACGCACCACCUUCUGGAAGUGUACGAUUGGAGGAAUACUGUCGCCCUGCUAGCCGGAACGUUGCUAAAUAUGUGCGUGUGCGGUGCGCUGAUGAGGGACCCAGACUGGCUAACGAUUAAACAGAAGAGGGAGAGGAGACUCUCCAAAUCUAGGUCUAGACGGUCGUCCUCGGCGGGGUCUAUAUCGUCCAGGUCAAUAGGAGGGGAGUCACUGUUCCUGAGUCCGGAGGAAUUGAAGACGCUGUUGAGGAGCGGUCAAAGUCCCGAUUACAUCCUGGCGACCUUGGCUACGAGCAUUGCAGAAGCCAAACAGUUGGAGGAAACAACACAGAUGAAUGCCGAACAGGCGUAUAAGAGGAUACACUCGGAUAUACACCUGCCAACUUUCAUCGCACAAAAUGAAAAGGUACCGAUGGAGGUCAUAGAGAAAUUAUUGAGCAAUAAGAGACUCUACAAUAUAAUACUACAGAAUUAUCCCGAUUUAGUCUCUCGAAGGCGUUCCGAGGUCAAUAUUAAUGUUGAAGAGGCAACAGAGGUUAAAAACGAACCCGCAAAACUGCCAGUGUCUGUGACGGUUAAAAUGCCAAAAACAAACGCGCCAGAAGGUGAAAAGAAGGCUGAGAAGGAACCUAGGGAAAAGGAAAGACCUGGCCAACAAGACAGCACCGCGAAAGAUACUAAACAAGCAAACUUAGAGUCUAAUACAGAUAAGAAAUCAAAACCUAAAGCGCCCCCUGUAGCGACUAACUGGUUCACUAGACAGAUUUCGACUGAUCACCAUUACCUUAGGGAUAUGCCUCUCUACAGGAACACCAUAAUGCACAGGGGCGCUAUGAUGAACAUUCCCAGAUAUAAAUUGAGAGUUUCUUCGCUGCCGGAUAUUUACAGGAACUCAAUGUGGUCCCUCGAUUCUGAGUCAGACGAUGAACUGAAGUGGUACCAUCGGUUAUGGCAGACAGCAAAGUCCACGUUCGACUUCGGGAUGUUCACGGAGUUCCACUUCCUUAUGUUCAACCUGUCUUCGCUCAUACUCUCCGUGUGGUUUAUUGUUCCGUACUUCUUCCUGAAGUCUUACAUGAGCUCCCGGAACAUGGAGGGCGGAGCCGAGAUGAUCAGCAUCAUCGGUAUUGCUAGCAGCAUUGGAAUUGUAGCCCUGGGCUGGGCGGGGGACCAGCCCUGGAUUAACGUAACGAAGACGUACGCGUUGUGCCUCACCAUCUGCGGUCUAUCGGUCGCCUCUUACCCCAUCUUCAUCACCAGCUACUGGGGGCUGGCCAUCGUCUCCGCGACCUUCGGCCUCUCCUUCGCGAGCUCCUACUCUUACACUCCUGCCAUCUUAAUGGAACUGAUGCCGAUAGAUCACUUCACCGUCGCUUACGGCUUGAUCCUGCUGAGCCAAGGGAUUGGACAUUUGAUCGGGCCUCCAAUUGGAGGUAUGCUGUAUGACCUCACCGGCACUUGGGACCUCACCUUCUACGCUGCGGGCCUUUGGCUGGUUAUAUCUGGUUUGUGUGUGGGCGUGAUACCAUACACGAGGGAUCUGCGUAUGUGUGGCAACGCACCUCUCCUCAAGGAGCUCGAAGAACAGAAGAAAGAAAAAGAUUGCUUACGCUCUUUG